CCACCACCCCACCACCACCACCGCUCCCGCUCCGAUGGCAGUCGGGAAAGAUUCAGAAAAAAUCGACAUGUCCCUGGAUGACAUUAUUGAACUCAAUAAAAAGGAAAAUAGUUCUACAGCAACUGCAUUAAAUAGGACAAGGGGACAACAGAAAAUUCAAAGGAAUUUAGGUCUCCGUAAACAAAAUGUAUUUGGAAGAGGAAUGCAGCAAAAUCAACAAGGACUCAAUCGACUGAAGAGAAAUAUCUUCGGAUCACAAGGAUACAAUGGGAUUAAUCAACAUGGACAGAAACAACCUAAUAAUAUCAGAGGAAGACCAGGCGGAAGAAUAACUGCUGCAACACUAAAAAGAGUCAUCCCUUUAAACCGUAAACCCACCAUACAGGGAGAUGCACAAUAUCAUUUAUCCCCCAGGAAUGGUCCUCAGGAAGUCAUGAUAGGAAGAGCAGCACAUCUGCCUCUGAAGCCAUUCAGGCAGACAGGACAAGGUCCUCAAAUUUCAAUGAGAAGAAUUCCUCCACAAAAUAGAGGAAUGGGGCAGAAACAGCAAACGCAGAAACAACAACGACAAAACACAAUCAACAUGAACAAACAGUUCACACAGCAAGUGGGUGCGAGUGUUGGACAGAAGAAACAAAGAACUAGAAUGUGGAGACAGCAGUCAACCUCCAGCUCUAUCCUAACAGUUAAUUUACCCAAUCCUCAGGCCAACAAGCAAGCAGCGUAUCGAAGACCAAGAAUCCAACGUUUUUCUUUAACUGGAAGAAAAAAGAUGCCAGCAAAUAUAUCAAGGAAACAACCAAAAGGAGUUUAUCUUGGCUUCAAUUUUAGAAGCAUAGCCAAUCAGACAAAUGUUACUCUGAAUGAACGCUUUUCUUCUUUGAAGAUUUGUCGGCCUUCUACAGCACUAAGAAGGGGAGGCAGAACAGUCACAAUGGGUUAAUGUUUGGCUUUAUUUACUUGAUGAAUAAUUGUUUUGAAUGCCAACUUUAUAAAAAAAAGAGAUUUUUAUUUAUUUAUUAGAAACGCUUUUAAAUUAAUUAGGUUUAAGUUUAGUGUUUUACCUGAAGUGUUGUCAAUGCACGUUACUUUCAUGUUAUUAAACAACCUGUUUAUUGAAGUGAAAUACAGAGAAUGUGGCUUUGCAACUCUUGAAUGUGGAAAUGCUCUAUGAAAAUGGAAUUUGUGAAUUCUGCUUUAUGAUGAGGAGACCCUGGCUGUAACAUUGCUUUCAGAAGAUACUCAAAGAUUGUUUCAAUAUUAUGAGUAAUCUGGUACAAAUAGAGUAUUUGAUAUAAUUUAAUCCAAUAAUCAUUGAGCCUGAACUAGUAUAUUAUAUCAGAGGUAAUGGCAUUUUAAAGAGAAUUCUAUUAAGGGACUGGUGUAUUUUCAAAGACACUAAAGGUGACAAUUUUGCACCAAGGCAAAACUUAGCUUUAGUUUAUACAAACUCUUACCAGAGACACCAAAGCGACACAGACAAUUUAAAUUUGUACUGGGAACACAAUAUUUAAUUUAUGUCACUUGAUCAACUAAUUUUCUGUUAAAAUUACUUUAUUUAAGAACGAAACCUACAAAUACUUAUUCACUACAUCUAAAAAGGAUCUGGGCUUUAGCAGAGUGCUGUAAUAAACACAUAGUAAACUAAUAAUACAGCAUAAAUGAUCAAUAUUACAACCAUAGUAAAAUUAAACAUCAAAGCAUUUUCAGAACAGGGAUUGGAUGAGGCAGUGGGUUAGAAUAUUGUCCGAUCAUCUCUGGGACUGGUUUCAAUCCAGUUUAAACUGCUUGAAGAUUGACUCCCUUUACUGUUGAAUGCACGGAUGCUAGAUUAUGAUUAGCGUUAAGAUUUAGAUUCAUGAAUAUGUACCUUCUUAUACUAAAGAAAACACUACAGUAUUAUUCCUGUCCAGGGGGGGAUUUGUUUCAAUGGAUGUCUCUGUACAAAAUGUCUUUGUACUAUGAGAAAUACAGCUUCACAGUUUAUCCAGCAGAGGACACUGUUCAUCCUUACACAAUCAGCCUGUCCUCUGAGGUUGUUGGCUGGAAGUACUGGAAUAAAGGAAAGCAAAAUGAAAAUCUAACAAGGUCACAGGUAUUUUCCCAAAAUCUUGUUAAAUGUACUUUACAAUUUACAGAAGCAAAUAAUAAUACAAAAUUGCAUUGCGGCAAAAAGAUAAGCAUUUGCCAAUUACUUUGUUCACCUUUAUGUUUUAUAAAAGGUCUCAAACUUUGUACAUGUUUGUGAAAUGAGUAAUGUUGACAUGCCCUGACCUCGUCUGCGAUUCUUAUAAGUAGUCUACCAGACGCAUUGCACAAUUAUAAAGGAGAAUAACAAGACACAUUUCCAACAGCCGGGUAACAUAGUACAAAGCUGGCGCACAUAAUUUGUAAGUUUGAAGCAAGCAGUAGACUUUUGGCAAGCCUAUAAUAAAAUAAACGGUAAACUCAAAAAAUGCUUCCAUUUUUUUAAA